ACCCCUGUCAUCGCCGGCCUGACCUCGCGUCGCUUGGCCUCCAAGUCCAAGUCCAACAGACCAAAACCCCCCACCGCCCCGUGUGUUCGUCACUUCGUCGCUUUCCCGUCGAGCCGCGACCGCCGACUGCGACGGAGAGAAUUCUCUAUCCGGUUCCGGUCACGUCUGGUUUGGUUGGAGUUCGCUCGCACUUGUGAUUGGGUAUUUGGGUUGGUCGCCUGGCUCUUCUCUGCUGGGAGAGAUUCCUUUUGUUCGGUGUCGCCAACAACUCGCCAUUCUUGGGAGGUCUAAGGUCGUCGGGAUCGGGACCGCUGCUGAUGGAGGAGAGGUACGAGGCGCUGAAGGAGCUUGGGGCCGGCAACUUCGGGGUGGCGAGGCUGGUCAGGGACAAGCGGACCAAGGAGCUCGUCGCCGUCAAGUACAUCGAGAGGGGCAAGAAGAUUGAUGAGAAUGUGCAGAGGGAGAUCAUCAAUCACCAGUCGCUCCGGCACCCUAACAUUGUACGGUUCAAGGAGGUUUGUUUAACACCCACACAUCUUGCUAUUGUCAUGGAAUAUGCUGCUGGUGGAGAGCUAUUUGAGAAAAUCACCACAGCAGGGCGAUUCAGUGAAGAUGAGUCCAGGUAUUUCUUUCAGCAGUUGAUAUCAGGGGUCAGCUACUGUCACUCUAUGGAAAUUUGUCACCGUGAUCUUAAACUUGAGAAUACCCUCCUUGAUGGGAGUCCAACACCUCGCGUGAAAAUUUGUGACUUUGGUUACUCAAAGUCUGCUUUGCUGCAUUCCAAACCAAAAUCAACAGUUGGAACUCCAGCAUACAUAGCGCCGGAGGUUCUUUCCAGAAAAGAGUAUGACGGAAAGGUAGCAGACGUUUGGUCCUGUGGUGUCACACUGUACGUGAUGCUCGUGGGAUCAUAUCCAUUUGAAGAUCCUGAGGAUCCAAGGAACUUCCGGAAAACGAUCAGCAGAAUUCUUGGCGUGCAAUACUCCAUCCCGGAUUAUGUGAGAGUGUCUUCAGAGUGCAGGCGCCUUCUGUCUCAAAUAUUCGUUGCCGAUCCUUCAAAGAGGAUCACGAUCCCGGAGAUAAAGCAUCACCCGUGGUUCCUGAAGAACCUGCCGAGGGAGAUCUCGGAGAGGGAGAAGGCCAACUACAAGGACUCGGAUGCCGCCGAGCCGGCGCAGGCCGUGGACGAGAUCAUGCGGAUUGUUCAGGAGGCCAAGACCCCCGGUGACAUGUCCAAGGUGGUCGACUCGGCGCUGCUGGCCGAGAUGGCAGAGCUGGAGAGCGACGACGAAGAGGCAGACGCCGAUGACGCCUACUGAUCGCUCCUGCAUGCAACUCAGCAGCUGCAGACGCCGCCGAGCCUUACCCGUGCGUGGGAUAACGGAUGUUGGAUUCUUACUCUGUAUGUUAAGUCUGUAUAGCGCUGUACAUUUGAAGAUUGCCUUGUAUGGAUCAACUAGCGUGCAGUGAUAACAAAUAAAUAUAAGUGAGUAAAUAAAGAUGUACCAUACGCUGUUUAGCUGCU